UUGAAUAGAGAAAAACAGCAAGACUUUUUUCCCUUAUUUUUUUCAUUCUACAUUGCUCUGUUUCGGGAUUUGUCUCUUCGUUUCCCCCCUGUUCUGUCCCUUUGUCUUCCUCUAAAUUUCAUUUUCUUGUUUCUGUUUGAAAAAUAUUUGUCAUCAAAUGGGGUUUAACCUGUUUUGAUGCUCUUCUUGCCCAGAAGGGGUAAGAAAUAAAAACAAAACAGAGCAUCUGUAAUACAAAUUGUAAAGAAAGAUCCGUUUUUAUAGGAUUUGUGUUUUUUUUUUUUUCGGAUUUGGUGGUGUUGAUGGAAAUGGCGUCCUCUGAGGUAGACUUGUCAUCAUGCCGAACUUUUAAUUGCGUAUUGAGUCGUCCUCACGAGAGAUGCACCCGAGGAGGAGACAACAACAACAACAAUAAGAAGAACAAGAACAACAACAACAACAACAUUAACAAUGUCAGAAACAUACACGUUGCUGCCUACGAGAAGAAUCUCAAUGUUUUUGUCAGAGAUCAUCUCGAAAACUGUAGCGUCGUCUCUGGUGAUUAUGAUAACGAUGAUUCCAUCAAAUCCUCUGUUUCUUCUGAUCAUCGGGCCACCAAGACAGAGGAAUCUCGUCACGAUGUCCCUUCAUCCUCUUCUUCGCUAGGAUCCGAGUCAUUGAAUUUAGGUCAACCGGAGAACCCGUCAAGAAAAGAAACCAUGGCUGCUUCUUCUCUCGUUCAGAUAUGGGAAGCGAGGACGACGCAGCAACCACCAAGCUUGAACCAAUCCCUAAUCGAUAGCAGAACGAGUUCUAUGGGAUCAAACGCUUUAGAGAAUUCGGAUUCUCUCAACGAGGAAUCCGUUAAAGAAUCUGAUUUAUUGAUUCAGCCGAUCGAAGAAGGUAACAAUGAGGAGGAAGAAGAAGAAGAAGUAGAAGAGAUUGAAUGUGUAUCUCAACUUGUCCUUCCACCUCCAGAUUCUGGAGAGAAAGAUAGAGAAAAGGUCAGAGUUAUGGAUAUCAUUCGGAAACUAAGCAAUGACUCAGAAACAUUGACUAAUAACGACAAUGGAAGCAGCAGCAACGACAAUAGUAAAGAAGUACAGACAACAGAAGCGAGAUGUUUUCCUCAGGUUUCUUGUUCUCCAAGAAUAAGAGGUCGUCAAGCUUUCGCUGAUUUAUUGGUGCAGAUGAUGCGUGAUCGAGAAAAGGAGUUGGCUUGUUUACUAGAACGUCAUUGUGUUUCGAAGUUUACACAUCGCGGACGGAUUCAGUCGACGCUUAGAAUUCGAUGUUACGAAAGGUGCAAGGCGAUUCAAGAUAGACAUCGGUGUAAACCAUCAUCAACAGGAUCUGAUUUAAACCGGUCGCCUAGAGGUUCUGGUGUGAUGCAUCUUCUCAGGGGGAAAUAUAAGGCAAAUUCUGAGAAUACCGAUACUGCAGCUUCGUCUAGUACUGUGUUUUCUCGUGGUCGGAUUCUAGAUAAAGAUCCUCAUAAGGCUACAGAGAAGAAGGUCCUGCAGGAAAAAAAUGAGAAGAGUGAUAUAAAGGAGACUCAAGAAGUGGUUUCUGCGGUUGAGAAUGCCAAGAAAUCUGUUUUGAGUGAAAUUGCAGAGAAUAAGAAUGGUUUAAAGAAAUCUGUAGGAGAAACUAUUCAGAAGAAAGCUACAGAAGGGAGAGAUGAAAAGCGAGAAACUAAGGAGAAAGCUGUUGCCAAAGAGAGUCUUGAAUUAGCAAAGGAAAAAGCUGUUGCUAAGGAAAUUGUAGAAGGGAAGGCUUUGGGUAGAAUAGCUGAGAAGGUGAAUAUAUGGAACUCUGAGGAGAAAAUAAAUAGGAUAAAAGGGAUGGAGAAAGGUAAGUUUGAAGGAAAAGCUAAUACUGAGAGAGUUGAGAAAAAUGAUGUAUUGGAAGAAGUUACAAAAAGGAUCAUUGAUGUGGAAAGUGCGGAAAGAGGCAUUACUACUAUUACAAAGGAAACGUUGAUGCGGCGGUGUGAGCUUGCAGAGAAAGUUAUAAGAAGAAAGGAAAAGGAAGAUUGUGUUUCUAUGGAAACUAAGUCCAAAGAACUUGAAGAUAGAAACAUUAAACCCCAAGAAGUUACUACACAAGAAGAUAAUUGUUUGUGUAAACCUAUUGAGAAGGAAAGUGUAGAAGAAGGAAACACUUUGAUGGGGAUAGCUGAGAAGGUGAAUAUGUGGAACUCCAAGGAGAAAAAGCAUAGGAGAAGAGUUAUGGAGAAAGGUAAAGGUAAAACCGAAGGAAAAGGUAAUACAGAGACAAAUGAAGUGUUGCAAGAAGCUUCAAGAAGAAUCAGUGAUAUCGAAACUGCGGAGAGAAGCAUCGCUACUUCAAGUCAAACGGUGGAGAAAGUUUUUGGUAACAAAGAAGUGAUUGCUUCUGUCGAAGCUAAGUCCAAAAAGAUUGUUGAAGAUAAAAAUAUGAAUCCACAAGCUGUGAGUCAUGGCUCUAGAGAGAAGGACAAAGAUAAGUACUCUUCACAACAUGGUGAAAAAACUCCGAUUCUGAGAAACUCAGAAGCUAAGUCUACUAAAGAAAUCGAGAGAAACAAUUCUCAAGAAGUUACACAAGAAGAAAAAUCUGUCAGUCAUGGGUCUAGAGAGAGUGAUAAAGAGAGAAGUUAUUUACAACACGAUGAAGCUAAGUCUAGUAAAGAGAUUGAUGGAAACAAUUCUCAAGAAGUUACACAAGAAGAAGGAUCUAUUAGUAAAGGCUCUAGAGAGAGGGCUAAAGAGAAGAGUUCUUCACAACAGGAUGAAAAAGUGGAAAACGGCAUUAAAGAAUCGGAAGAUGAAGAAACCAAGAAGGUAGAACGCAAAGAAAAGGGAGAAAGCGUAAAAGAAGCAACAGUAGAGUUUGUAAAUGAGUGGGAUGAAAACGAAAUGGAAGAAGAAGAUGAAUAUGGAGAUUACGAUCUUUACAUUGGAGAGAAUAUGGAUGAUUGGAUUCACGAUAUAUCAAGGCCUCGAAGUUACUGGGAAGAUCUAAGGAAAGAAAGGUAUCUUGAGGUUCUCAACACUGAAUCAGAGAAAAAAGAUAUUUGCAAUCUCAUUCAAAGACGAACAGUUUCAGACUUUUUGACGAGUGAUUUGCGACAAAAGAUUGAUAAUUUGAUGAUCACUCGCGUUCAAAGUCACAUACGCGUACCAAUCAAUCAAGUAAAAGAAGAAGACGAAGAUGAUGAAGAAGAAGAAGAAGUAAAAGAAGAGUGGGUAGAUGAGUGUUCAGCAAGGAACCAAGAAGAUAAUGAAACAGAGGAAGAACCAGAGAAGCCAAAUCUUGAAGCUGCAAGCGACGUUUGCAGUCAAUCAUCAGCAAGGAGUAGUACAAUGAUGUCUUGGACUUUCAGGGAUCAAGACAUUUACAAGGAUCAUGAACCGACCACGACUUUGUCUCUUCCUGAAUCUUCAGCCCCCACAACACAAUCUACACAGGAAACGCAGACGAUAAGUGAACUCAGGAGUCAAAUUGAGCAACUUCAACGAGAAAUGCUUGAGAUACGAAGUUCAGUUAAAUCUUGCAUCGACAUGCAAGUUCAUUUUCAGAAAUCUGUAACUCAAGAUCUGUCUCGUUCUGGCUCAUCUGUAGAAGAACGAGUAGACUCAAGGAAAGAUCCUUUGAAACGCAAGUGUUGCGUUUGCUUUGAGAUGCCUGUUGACUCGCUUUUGUAUAGGUGUGGACAUAUGUGUACGUGUCUGAAAUGUGCUCAUGAAUUGCAAUGGAGCAGUAAGAAAUGUCCGAUCUGUAUGGCUCCAAUCGUCGACGUUGUGAGAGCUUUUCUUGAUUCUUAGGAUUUUCAAGAAACCAAGACAAAUAUUAGUGUUUCUCUAUUAAUUUGGAAUGUGACAUAAUAAACCUUUUUUGCCUAGUGUUUGCCAUA